ACUGCCUAACCCGGAAGCCCACCCGAAUUUCCUCAGACGUGACAAAAAUGUCAACAAAAAUAUUUUAAUCACUAAAAUUAAAAACGUACUGCGUGUUUAGUAUGACCCAUCACUUAAUAUUCGCCUUCGCUGUGUGUCUGUGUUUUUUCGCAACCCAUGCAAUCGGUGGAAAAAUCAAGAUUGUCGAGGCUCCGAAUACAUUUGGGUUGAACAACAACAUUCUGGCUCAGGGAAGCAGACUUCAAGCUAAAGCGCUUCCAUCUCCAGUGUCCGGACCUUCACAUCUUUUUCAUUUGGCUGGAAGGUGUUUCAGUCUUACACAAUCAGUGUAUCGAUACGAGUUCUGUCCAUUUCACAACCUCACCCAACAUGAACAGUCAUUUCGAUGGAACGCUUACAAUGGGAUCCUGGGGAUCUGGCAUGAGUGGGAGAUAAGCAACAACACUUUUACAGGCAUGUGGAUGAGAGACGGAGACACUUGUGGCACCAAAAACCGUGAAGCAAAGGUGCUUCUUGCCUGCAGCAGCCAAACCAAGCUCGCUCAAGUGUCAGAGCCAAGCACUUGCAUGUACUCGCUAACUUUUGAGACACCACUAGUUUGCCACCCGCAUUCUCUUUUAGUGUACCCAACUCUGAAUGAGGAGCUGCAAAAGGAAUGGGAUGAAGCGGAGCAGGCUCGCUAUGAAGGUCUCGUCACAGAGCAAGGUUACAACAAUCUGAUAAGGGAUGUUUUUGAAGUUGCCGGCCUCCUGAGGGGUCAAAAAGUGAACCAGAAGCUGCCCGAGGUUGCAGUUCAAGAAGAAGCACACAACUCUUUACAGAAAUGUAAUGAGGACUUCCAAAAACAGCGAGAAGAGAUUACGAGACUGCGAGCCCUGCUCACUCAUCACAAUAUCGCUUGGGAUGCAAAGCCAGAAGAGACAAAAGGUGCGGAGGCGGAGAUUUUACGUGGAGAUGUCGGCCGAUGACGCGGCAUAAGAAAGUGGAUUUUUGUGCCUACCAUCCACAAAAAAAGAGAUUUCAAUUUCCGAGGAAAUGACGCUGAACUGAUCUGGGAGACUGAAAAAAAUUUAAAUGGGAGCUGUGAAAGAUAUUUCCCAACAUGUCAUGAAUUUUUUAAAUAGUAUGAAUUUGGAGAGGUUUGAAUUGAUGAAGAAAUAUUGUCCAAAAUAUGCUUGGAAUAACAAAUAUUUAAUAUUUGUAAAAUUGAUUUUUGUAAAUAAAAUUUUGAAACAAAA